AGGAGAAGCUGGGAAGUAGCAAGCAGGGCUUCCAAGACCGCUGCGGAUGAGAUCGUGAAUUUUCCGAAGUCAUUUUCAUUUUUGCCGGCCCUGCGGAUACCGCGUUUUAUAUUUAUUUAUUGCUUAUCUGGAUAUCACAGCCUUUAGCCUGCUUUUCGCCGAAACCUGAAGCCGUUUCGUGUGCCGGUUUGAGUAUAAGGACCUUUUUUCUGUCAUCGCGGAGGGGGUUUUCUUCUAAUACGUUAUCUGGUAGCCUAGAGAAGGCCUGAAAGGGCCCUUCCGGUGCUUCGUCGCCGGCUACUGUAAACCCGCAUCAUGGACGAGAAGGCAUUUACGAAGGAGUUAGAUCAAUGGAUCGAGCAACUCAACGACUGCAAGCAGCUGACGGAAAGCCAAGUGAAGACAUUAUGCGAAAAGGCAAAAGAAAUUUUGACGAAAGAAUCAAAUGUCCAGGAAGUGCGGUGUCCUGUAACAGUAUGUGGUGACGUACACGGCCAGUUCCAUGAUCUGAUGGAAUUGUUCAGAAUUGGGGGGAAAUCGCCAGAUACAAACUACUUGUUCAUGGGAGAUUAUGUCGACAGAGGAUAUUAUUCAGUGGAAACUGUUACACUACUUGUAGCACUUAAGGUCCGCUAUCGUGAACGUAUAACAAUUCUCCGUGGAAACCAUGAAAGUAGACAGAUUACACAAGUAUAUGGUUUUUAUGAUGAAUGUUUGAGGAAAUAUGGAAAUGCGAAUGUCUGGAAGUACUUCACAGAUCUCUUUGAUUAUCUUCCAUUAACUGCCUUGGUGGAUGGGCAGAUCUUCUGUCUUCAUGGAGGCCUUUCACCUUCAAUUGAUACACUGGAUCAUAUACGUGCACUAGAUCGUUUGCAAGAAGUUCCACAUGAGGGUCCAAUGUGUGACUUACUGUGGUCAGAUCCAGAUGACCGUGGCGGAUGGGGCAUUUCUCCAAGAGGGGCUGGAUACACUUUUGGACAGGACAUCUCUGAAACAUUCAACCAUGCCAACGGCCUUACUUUGGUUUCUAGAGCUCAUCAGCUGGUGAUGGAGGGAUACAAUUGGUGCCAUGAUCGGAAUGUAGUCACAAUAUUUAGUGCUCCAAACUAUUGUUACCGUUGUGGAAACCAGGCUGCUAUAAUGGAACUUGACGAUACCCUAAAAUAUUCCUUCUUGCAGUUUGAUCCUGCACCACGCAGAGGAGAGCCACAUGUUACCCGUCGUACCCCUGACUACUUCUUGUAAACCAAAUUUUUCAGUUGUACAGUAUUGCCACAAGCAGAAUUUUCACCAGAGCCAGAAACAGCUACUGUAACUUCAGAGUCGGGAUAGAGCGUUAACGUGUCCUAUAAACAUGCUGCUCUCAAAUGGACCAAAUAUGUGCCAUACAAAAAAAAUCAAAGCCUCUCGUCUCAACAGUUCAAGACCACACUAGAAAGACCAUGUCCAUUGCAUGCUGAAGUGACAUUUUUCAAGGAAACAAUCCCAGAUCUCUGGCAUAGCACUACUUGUAGUUUCUUUUGCUUUCUUGGAGAUGGCAAAAUAAAAAUUUACAAUGUAAACAUUAACACUUCAUGACUACAAAUUAACUUUCCAUUUAGAGAUAGCUUUACUCAGCAUGAUUGUAGAUAAGGUUAGAAAUUCUGAAAAUUAAAUCCUUCAGUACCAUGGGACAAACAGCCGUUUGUAGUCUUCUUGGUUGUGAAGGGAUUAAAGGACCUUUUUAAUAAGUAUCAAGGCUGCCUCGUGACUUCAGAAAUGUGUAUUUCAGGGAAUACAGUUUAAUUUAAAUUGUUUUGGUUUUCAUCUACACAUUUGUUUUGCCCCAUUACUUCUCCUUCCGUCUGUUCAAGUCUAGCUUGUUUUCCCGUGAGACAUUACUACAGCAAACUGCUGUGGUGUAUUUUUUUUCUUUCUUAAUAAACUUGUGAACCAAGUCCUUAAA